AUGUCCUCUACAGUCCACGUCAUCGACGUAGAAAGUGGGAACUUACAAUCCCUAACAAACGCCAUCGAAUACCUGGGUUACAAAGUCCAUCUGAUAAAGACACCCUCGGACCCAGAAUUAGCUAAUGCUAACAGAUUGAUUCUUCCAGGGGUGGGGAACUACGGUCAUUUUGUCGAUAAUCUAUUCUCUCGUGGGUUCGAACAACCCAUCAAAUCAUACAUUUCAUCCGGUAGACCCAUAAUGGGGAUCUGUGUUGGGUUACAGGCCUUAUUCUCUGGAUCGGUGGAAAGCCCCGAGAGUUCUGGUUUAAAACUUAUUGAGUUGGUCCUAGGGAGAUUUAAUGAUGACGAGAAACCAGUACCGCAAAUUGGUUGGAAUAGUAUCAUAGAUGAUGAUGAAUUGUUUUUUGGUUUGGAUCCAUUGAAGAGAUACUAUUUUGUUCAUUCGUUUGCAGCCAUCUUGAAUGAAUCCAUUGAACAAAAAUUGAAAAAUCAAGGUUGGAAAUUGGCAAAGGCCAGAUAUGGUACUGAAGAAUUCAUUGCUGCCGUCUGGAGACAAAACGUAUUUGCCACUCAAUUCCAUCCAGAGAAAUCAGGAAAGGCAGGUUUACAAAUCAUUGAUAAUUUCUUGAAACAACAACAUCCAAAACUACCAAACUAUUUGGAAGAGGAAAAACAAUUGCUCUCCAAUGAUUAUUCCAAUUAUGGACUUACAAGAAGAAUUAUCGCAUGUUUGGACGUCCGUUCCAAUGAUCAAGGAGACUUGGUCGUCACUAAAGGUGACCAAUACGAUGUUCGUGAAAAGGAGGGGAAUAAAGACGUGAAAAACUUGGGGAAACCAGUUCAAUUAGCUAAAAAAUAUUACCAACAAGGCGCAGAUGAGGUCACUUUCUUAAAUAUAACAUCAUUUAGAGAUUGUCCGCUAAGAGAUGCCCCAAUGUUACAAGUACUUAAGAACAGUGCCAAGACAGUCUUUGUACCAUUGACAGUCGGUGGUGGUAUUAAGGAUAUUGUAGACGUGGACGGAACCAAGAUACCCGCCUUGGAAGUGGCAAGUUUAUAUUUCAGAUCAGGUGCCGAUAAAGUAUCUAUUGGUACGGAUGCUGUAUAUGCAGCUGAGAAAUUUUAUGCAUUAGGAGGCCAUGGUGAUGGUACUUCACCUAUUGAAACCAUCUCUAAGGCAUACGGUGCCCAAGCUGUCGUCAUAUCAGUAGACCCCAAGAGAGUUUACGUCGACUCUCCAUCAGAUACGAAAAACAAAACUUUCAAGACCAAAUUCCCAGACUCUAAGGGGCGCACAUGGUGUUGGUACCAAUGUACUAUAAAGGGGGGUAGAGAAUCAAGAGAUCUAGGUGUAUGGGAAUUGACAAGAGCAUGUGAAAGACUAGGUGCAGGUGAGAUAUUAUUGAAUUGUAUUGAUAAAGAUGGGUCCAACUCCGGGUACGACUUGGAAUUGAUUCAACAUGUCAAGGAUGCUGUUAGAAUCCCAGUUAUUGCAUCCAGCGGUGCAGGUAAUCCUGAACAUUUCGAAGAGGCAUUCACUGAAACGGGCGCAGACGCUUGUUUAGGUGCCGGUAUAUUCCAUAGAGGGGAAUACACCGUUAAUGACGUUAAAGAAUUCCUCCUCACCCAUGGCUUAAAGGUUAGAAUGGAUAACAACUGA